GUAUUAUCUUAGUGCUGAGUUUCCACCCACUUCCUCCUCUUACCAAUGAGCAGUGCCGGCUUGGAUUCCUCCAGGGCCGAGGGAGUUCGCGGGAAACCGGUUAUAGUCGGGAUGCAGCAUACAUAACUGGGGAGUAGAACGGCUGCCUUUGUUAAAAACUCCGUGUGCUAUUACCGAUCAAUUUAAAGCGAAUGCGCUUAAAAACGGAGCAGUGACAGCUUUGUUUGCCCUUAUGCUAAUAUCUGACGCUAGUUAGCGGGUUGUCACAUCGUGCUUCACACGACUGGACGGGAAAAAAAAUAAUACGACUGAAUAGGAAGAGACAAAGAGGUGCCGCUGUCAGGCACGGAAAGGACUAGUUAAAAUGAGUGUGUUCAAUUUAGACCGGUUCCGUUUUGAGCGGAACCCAGUCAACAAGGACCGGGAUAACGGGUCCAAAAGUCCAGAGUCUGAAAAGGAGAACAAGCCAGGUAACCAGCAAGCUACACCCCAGAUGAAGCCUGUCAAAACUCCACCAAAAUCCCACGCCCGAGGAGUUGUUUUUGAGGAAGUCUUUACUGUUGAUUUAGACGAGGACGAAGUCAUUUCUGAACCAAAGACCAAGAUAUCAUUAACACCAAAUUCCAACAAUCCUGUAGAGAAGGUAUCCCAAACUAUAGUGUUGGAUGAUACAGACGAUGAAGACAAUGAAUUGGAUGACAAAACGAACAGACUACUGGAUAUGUUUCCUCAGUUGACAAGAGUGGAUGCACUGGAGAUUGUUCAGAGUACAAGCACACUGGAUGGAGCUGUAGCUACCUGCCUUUUAAAAUACGGAGAUAAAGAAGCCUCAAGUCAAAGCAGGAAAAGAAAGCAGGAUGGAAGCAGCAGUUCAAAAGACAGUGGUGAGAUUCAACCUAGCAAGAAGAUAAAACCAUCAGUGGUCUCUGAAGGGGAAGAAGAUGAAGGCAAAGAACCCAGCUGGGAGAAGCAGGAAGCAAUGGUCAGAAGACUGCAGAAGAAAUUUCCUGACCAGGACAAGGAGGAGCUGCGGAUGGUGCUGCAGGAACAUGACUGGAAUGUUGAAGAUGCUCUGCAGGUCCUACAGAUGUUCUCAGACACAGAUAAUGCAAGUUUCAGCUCACAUGAGUCAGAAGGAAAGAAAUCUGACAAAUCAAAGAAAAAAGACAAGUCAAACAGAGAGCUGGACCACCAAGAAGAUCAGGAAAAUGGUAAAAAGAGGAGCGACUAUAAGGACUUUAAAGCCCAUGUCAGUGAAACAGAAGAGGACAGUACAGAUGAUACAGAUGUUACAGAGGACAGUGAAGAUUAUUCUGACUCAGAAGGCAACAAAGACUCCAAAAACAGAAGUAGAAAUCUCACUUUGUCUUCAUGGAUUGUAAAAAAAUCUGAUUCAGUGGCUUCAUCAUCUUCUGCCAGCACAACUACUACCUCUUCCUCCCUGAAGCCAUCCUCUUCAUCUGUUGCCCAGACUUUGUCCAGAUUUGCCAGUGGGACCAGCAUAGCUAAGAAGCAGGCAGCAGAAAGAAAGAGGCAGGCACGUGCCUCAGAUGAACAUGUCAGCUCUGAGGGGGAAAAUGACUAUGAAGAUGCAGUAAGCAGUGAGUUUGAGGACUCAGAUGAUGAGCUGGACUCAAAAGUAGGCAUGACGGAACUGAAAAAGGAGAUCCUUGCAUUCUUUCAGAAUGCCUCUUUGGAUGAACUGUCACUGAUUUCUGGGUGCUCCAUUAAAAAAGCACAGAAAAUUGUGGAACUGAGACCCUUUGACAGCUGGCAAAGCUUGAUUGAAGUCCUCCAUAAGGACAAUGGACUUUCAGAAGAUUUACUGCCAGGCUGCAGAGUCGUCCUCAAAUUGAGGAAGGUUGUCCUGGGGCUGAUGUCCAAAUGUCAGACAAUUUCAUCAAAAAUGGUCAAACAAGUCACUGAAGUGAUGGAGAAAGGCACAGGGGCCGUGAAACAGCCCAGUGUACUUAACAGCCAGUUCCAGCUGAAACCCUAUCAGCUAAUUGGGCUGAAGUGGCUGCUGCUUCUUCAUGAACACAAAUUGAGUGGUAUCCUCGCAGAUGAAAUGGGUUUAGGGAAGACCAUCCAGGCUAUAGCAUUUCUAGCUCAGUUGUACCAGAAUGGAAUUGAAGGGCCUCACCUCAUCACUGUGCCUGCUUCUACACUGGAUAAUUGGGUCAGGGAGAUGAAACUCUGGUGUCCGGACCUCAAAGUUCUUGUCUACUAUGGGUCUAUAGAAGACCGUCGCUACCUCAGACACGACAUCCUCAAUGGAGAUGUUGACUUCAAUGUCAUUGUGACCACAUAUAACUUGGCCAUAGGAAACGACAGCGACCGCAGCCUGUUUCGUAAGCUGCAGCUAAAGUAUGCUGUGUUUGAUGAAGGCCACAUGCUGAAGAACAUGAACACUUUGCGUUAUCGGCACCUCAUGGCUAUUAAUGCAGAGCAUCGCUUGCUGCUGACAGGAACUCCAUUACAGAACAACCUCUUAGAGCUGAUGUCUCUUCUGAACUUCAUCAUGCCAUCUUUGUUCUCCAGCUCCACUAGCCAGCUCUCAAAAAUGUUUUCUAUGAAAUCCCACGAAGAGCAGAGUCGUUUUGAGAGGGAUCGUAUUUCUCAGGCCAAACUCAUCAUGAAACCUUUUAUCCUCCGGAGGAUCAAGAGCGAGGUCCUCCAGCAGCUUCCAGGAAAGGAAGAGAAGGUGGAGUUCUGCUCAAUGAGUGAGAAACAGCAGGCUCUGUAUCAGAACCUUUUUCAGAAACUCAGAUCUUCCACCAAUGGCGAAAAGCGUGAGUUGUGUAAUGUGAUGAUGCAGUUGAGGAAGAUGGCCAACCACCCUCUCCUUCAUAGACAGUACUACACCACUGAAAAACUCAAAGCCAUGAGCAAACUUAUGCUCAAGGAGCCAACACACUUUGAUGCAGAUCCUGCUCUGAUACAGGAGGACAUGGAGGUGAUGUCAGAUUUCGAGCUGCAUUGUCUGUGCCAGCAGUAUUCCUCCAUCAGCUCCUACCAGCUUGAAAAUGAUCUCCUCCUUGACUCUGGAAAAUUCCACCACCUUACAAAACUGCUGGCUUCACUUAAAGAUAAGGGAGACCGAGUUGUAUUAUUCAGUCAGUUCACCAUGAUGCUAGACAUUGUAGAAGUGCUGCUGAAACAUCUUAAGCAUCGUUACAUCAGACUGGAUGGAUCCACACCCAUAGCCGACAGGAUCGUGUUGAUUGAUGAGUUCAACACAGACCCUGACAUAUUUGUGUUCCUGCUGUCAACCCGUGCUGGCGGCCUCGGCAUAAACCUGACCUCAGCUAAUGUUGUCAUCCUGCAUGACAUCGAUUGCAACCCCUACAAUGACAAACAGGCAGAGGACAGAUGUCACCGUGUGGGCCAGACCAGAACUGUACAGGUGAUUAAGCUGAUCAGUAAGGACAGCAUAGAGGACUGCAUCCUGCAACUGGGCCACAAGAAACUAAAGCUGGAGCAAGACAUGACCUCAGCUGCACAGAGUGGCGAGGGGACCAUACCUGAAGACAUGGCAUCUUUGAUAAAAGCCUCACUGGGACUGUGAUGCACAAACAUGUGACACUUGAAACUGUACAAAUGCAUUUUUAUGGAGCCUCGUGGGAUUUUGAGAAGACUUUGAGUAUUCUGACUGAACAAACACCGUUGUGUCUGUACUUGAGAACUGCUGUAAACCAUAUACUGCCAUCCAAAAAUUGAAAUCUGAGAAUUCAGAUUUACAGUGUGGCAUGGCAGCUGUGCCUAAAACACAGUUUUUACAUACGCACAGUUUUUUCUCUCACUUUGACUACAAGACCAGUAUAAACAACAAUUUAGCCUUCUAAAUAUUAUGCACUCCAUAUUUUGUAAGCGUUCCAAGCAGUGAAAACAUGAAAGAGUGUGGUCUUUAAAACUUCAGUACUAAAGGGUGCUUAGAGUGCAAAUCAGACUUUAGUUGAUGGAAUUAAAGAGUCAUUUAAGUUUAAAUGCAUGCAGUGUUGCACUGCUCACAUUCAGAUAAAAGUAAUAUACUGAAAAGGAAAACGAUGCUUACUUGCCAAAUUUUUAUUGGAAUAUUCCAAAAUCUAAUACUUACCAGAAAAAGGUUCAAGCAUGUAGAACGAUGGAUAUAUUUUUACCUGUCAUUCCAUACAAUGUUACAUGUUUGUGUGUUUAAAAAAAAAAAAAAAAUUCCAGUUUAAAU